ACGCUAUAAAUACUUUUUUUGGGAGUUAAAUUUGUGGAGGACUUGGACAUUAUUUCCUGCAAUCUCAAUAAUGAUUCUCUCGGACGGCGUCGGAAACGACCAUUUGAGGUUAGGACGAACAAGUCCGAUCUCUUCUCCGUAUGGCCAUUGAUUCUAGACAUAAAUUUCAUUUCCAGGUAAGCUAAAUCUAUGGAUUUAUUUGGAUAAAUAUAAGGUUGCAUUGGAUUUAGAAUUAUGGAUACCCAAUCGUCGUCUGGCACAGCUGUGGAUAAUUCCUCAGCUGCUGAAAGCAGUGGAAAACAUGUAGAAUGGGCGGGCAAACCCUGCCAACAUUUAGAAAAAGGAAUAGACUUGGAGAAAUUAGAGCAAUAUAUUUCAAGGGUAUCGCUUUUGCAAUGCCAGGGUUGUGGCGAGCUCAGAAAGGGUUCUAAUGCUUCUGCUUCGAAAGACAAGAAAGGAAAGUCUAAGAUGUAUGUGAAGAAGUCUGUGGCGAAGGAUGAGUGGCUUCGAACCUGGAUGUGCUUGGCCUGUGGUCAUGUAGGCUGCAGCAGCAUUUCCAAUGCUUCCGAAGUUAUAGGCACAGGGCAUACCUGGAAGCAUUGGCUCGAUACGAACCAUCCUUAUGCAGUGCAGUGGGGGGAGAAUGUUCGCUGCUGGUGUUUUUCCUGUAAGGCUCUUCUGGAAUUCGGAUUUUUGGAGGAGGAAGAGAACAAGGGUUUGGUCAUGGUGGGGCCUUCCGCCGGUGAGUCGAUGUUGCAGGCCUUGAAAGUUGUACAGGAGAAGCUCGUCAAGGAAUCUGUGAAGUUUAGGGAAAUUCGGCUAACUGAUGCUAUUGUGGAGAAGAAGCCGCUGCCAUCCGAGGAAGAUGGAGGUGGAAGUAGGCGUUUGGUUAAAGGUCUGAUGAAUUUAGGAAACACUUGCUUUUUCAAUUCGGUUUUGCAGAAUUUGCUUGCUAUUGGUGUGCUUCAGGAUCAUUUUAGUAGGCCGGCAGGUGUUAGUGAAGGACGCCUGACUAGCUGUUUGAGAACGCUUUAUGCUACAAUGACCUCGGACGGGCAAGCUGCCACAGAUGCAGGAGAAGGGUGUUCAAGUUCCGGGCUUUUAUAUAGUGGGAAGGGGAGGGCAUUAUGGGAGAACAGGAAUGGAAUUGUCAAUCCUGGUGCUCUUUUUUCUGCCGUUUGUGAUCAGGCCCCUUCUUUCAGAGGGUUCCACCAGCAGGAUAGUCAGGAGUUCUUGUUAUACUUACUCGAUUGCUUGAACACCGAAGAGUUAAAUGCAAGAAAGUUACAAAACACUUCUUUUGAAAUGUUUGCCGAGAAGGGGGAUGACAAAACAAAAGAACCUGCAGACAGCAAUGGAGAUCAGACCGAUAAGUUCACGAGCUUUUUCUCGAGUGUGUUUGGUAGUGAGCUGUCUAGUACCAUAUGCUGCUCUGAGUGUGGGCAUUCAUCAGUCAGUUUUGAAUCAUUUCUUGAUCUAUCUCUGGCUAUGCCAGCAAAACCAAAGCCAUCAUCCUCUAAAAGGUGGGCUUCUUCAUCAGUAUAUACGAAAAGAUUAACAAAGAUACACGAUGAUAGUAGAAAGGAUGGCCAACGAACAGUAGAGGCAGGUUUGAGUUCACUUCUGAAUAUAUCAGAGGUCAACAGGGAGCCAUCUGAUGAGAUGGAAGAGACAUCAUGCUCGCUCUAUAAAAGUAUAGCACCUGGGGCAGAUGCGAGAGAGACAAACAAAUCUGAUUUUCCAGAAAAUUUUGGAUGGAUGGACUUUUUGGAUGCACCGGCACAAUCUGCAGAUAUGGUAAUUCAGGAUACUCUGAAUACAUCAGAAAUUAUGGAAGUUCUUGCGCAAGAGGAAACUUCGAUGGAUGUCUCUGAAGUGACGUCAAUGGGGCAACUAUCUACUAGUACGUCUGCUUUUCAGAAUCAAGAUCACAUAAACCAGAAUGCCGUGUUUUCUCAAACAGAGACAUCUGAGAAAAAUCUGUCAACCACUGAAGGGGAUUUUGGUACUAACGAUGACCAGGAUAUGAUGCAUGUAUCUGAUUGGGAAGAUAAUCAUGAGACAGGACAGGAGGAGGAGCUGCUUCAGAUGGUGGGGGACUCAGAAGUUCUGUUUCUUCCUUACAAGGAUAUUGAUGCCGCAGAUGAAGGAUCUGAAGCACUCGGAUAUUUUCAGAAUCUGUCUUUAGGAAGCCCAGAUGGAACUUUAGACAAGCAGUCAGGUGAUGCACCUGAUGUAAUUGAUGGCGAUUUUGACGGGUUUGCAGAAAUGUUUAACGAGGAAGAGAACUCCUUCUUUCAGAAAUUUGAAACAGAAGUUGGUGAUAAUUUUCAGUUAAAUGAGGGAAAUGGUGGAGAUGAUAUAUGGGACAUUGAGUUAGCUGUUACCACUGAAGAAGGCAGUGAAACAAACAAGGAAGGUCCUGAAGGCAUUAUUCAUCCAAUCUCUCUUGAUGGUUGUUUGACUGCUUUCACCAGGCCGGAACUGCUUUCUGGUGAAAAUGCUUGGGAAUGUGAAAAUUGUUCUUCCAAGAUUUUAAACGAUUCUUGCAAGUGGUGUGUGGGUGUGUCAAAACGGAAUAAGCAGAUUCAGUAUAAACAAACUGUAAUAUCAACUUUAAAUGAUACAGGUACAUAUGAGGAGCAGGUGCAUUUAGUAAAUGGCGGGGGAAGUAUCAGUUUUUGUAAGGGAGCAGUGGACACCAAUUUGAGCAAGAUACCUGAGAAACAAACAGAUUUAUCUAUGUUAGAGUGUAAUGGACUUUCAAAUAUUGAAGGAGAGAUCGAUAAGCAUUAUCAUCUGAAGAGUUCAAGACAGACUGUAAACUGUCAUACAAAAUCUUUUUCUCUGGGUCUCACUGAAAAAGGCAGUAACCUGGGUCAGCAUGUAGCUAGGAUCAGUGAUUUGGAUAGCAGUCAACCAUAUAUUAAACAAUGCUGUCUCUCAGAGACAGAAUUUUUAGAUAGCAGUGCCAUCACUCUUCAAGCUCACAACAGUUGUCCAGAUGAUUUUUCUGGUCAAGGAAAUUGUGGGGAGAAAUUAGGGAGGAGUUUUGAUGAAGAUGAAUUAAUGGACAACAAUGCUGAAACUCGUUUACCGAAUGACAAAUCAGUUACCAAUACACACCUUGUUACCUGUAGCCAAAUUGGAAAGAGUAAACAGUCUUCUUCGGUGUUGGGGAGAUAUAAUUUUGAUUCCAUAGAUUGUAUUUAUGAUGGUGACAAGCUACAGAAUGGAAAUAUGAAUUUGUCCUUGAGAGGCACAAGAUUGGAUGGAAGUCUUUCUAAGGAAAAUGAGAAGCAGCCAAAGGGUUUGAAGCGGAAUGCAACUAAAGUGCUUCUCAUUAGCAAGGCACCACUUGUACUAACCAUUCAUUUAAAGAGGUUCGGACAAGAUAUGCUUGGCCGCUUAAGCAAAUUGAGUGGCCAUGUCACUUUUCACAAUAAGCUUGAUUUAAGGCCAUUUCUAGACCCCAGUUGCAGGUGUCCAGAUAAAGAAAGUUGUAUUUACCAUCUAAUAGGAGUUGUUGAGCACUCUGGUUCUAUGAGAGGUGGGCAUUAUGUUGCUUAUGUCAGGGGUCCGAGGGAUGAAAAAAUGCAAGAGGUAAAUGAUGAAGAUGAUCCUAACCAAAGUACAUGGUAUUGUAUUAGUGACUCAUCUGUGCGUAAGAUAUCCUUCUCGGAGGUUCUUCAAAGAGAAGCUUACCUGCUGUUUUAUGAAAAAGAUGUGCUUUGACAAAUAUCCAGUCUGCAAUUACCCUUAGCAACUGGAUUGAUAAGCCACAAUCUCAAUGGUUUUAAAUAAGAUCUUUUCCAAGAAGGAAACACAGCUGGUAAAUAUUAUAUUUCAACUGGACAUAUUGUCAGUCUCUCCAUCAAAAGAAGCUAUAUCUCGGCAGGUCUGGAACCGCUACUGUUGGAUAAACUUCCUGUGGAAUUAUAUAUAAAAUUUCUUUCUUUCUUGUGGAAAAGGGAACUCUCCCAAAUUAAGGAAGUUCCUUGCCAUCUUUGUCAUGUACUUGCAUUCUAUUUUGUAUAUUGUUGAGGGAGAAGUAAAAUUAGCAUACCCAUGCAUUUUUGAAAGAA